AAAAUUUGAAAAAUAGCCAUUCUUGAACACGAAAAUAUGGAAAAGUUCCCGUUCCAUUCGCGGCGAUCGCCGGUGAUUUGCUUGCAUGGUGUAGCUGCAAGCUCAAAUGCCCUAGUUUCGGAAAUUGGGACACGAAUUUUACAUUCCGGAGGCAAUGCAGUCGAUGCAUGUGUGGCCAUGGCUGCGGCUUUGAAUGUCACUGAACCUUGUAGCACUGGAAUAGGAGGAGAUUGCUUCUGUUUGUUUUACGAAGCGCAGAGCAAGAAAGUCCGGGGCUUAAAUGGAAGUGGUAGAUCUGGUGCAGCAUUUACACUGGAUAUGUUGGCAAAGGAUGGUGUAACAGCUGAAACAGGGAUGCCCCCCAUAUCUGCACACACUGUAACGGUACCCGGGGCAGCUGCAGGUUGGGUGGAUUCCGUGGAAAACUUUGGUAGUGGAAAGUUAUCCUUGAAAGAGAUUCUCCAACCAGCGAUAACUCUGGCCGAAGAAGGGUUUCCAGUGUCACCCAUCACCGCAGAGUUCUGGUCACAAGGUGUUCAAUCAUUCUUUGCACACAAAAAGAAUCCAGACAGCAGCAGUUUCUUAAUCAAUGGCAGAUCCCCAAGCGCUGGUGAAGUGAUGAAAAUACCUCAUUUAGCUAACACCUUCAAGACGCUUGCAGAGAUCGGCAAAGAUGGUUUCUACAAAGGCUGUGUCGCUCAAUCCAUCGUGGACAUUGUCAAUGAAAAUGGUGGCAGAUUAACAUUGGAGGACUUGGGGAAUCACUCCAGUACAUUUUGCGAUCCAAUCUCCACAACGUACGAAGGAAUUCGUGUCUGGGAAAUUCCGCCAAACAGCCAAGGAAUAACUGUUUUACUUGCUCUAAAUAUUUUGAAAACAUUUCCCAUAAAAGAGCUGAAACACAACUCGUCAGAGUACAUUCAACUCGUGUCAGAGGCGUUGCGACUGGCGUUUGCCGAUUCGUUUAAAUAUUGCGCAGAUCCCGAGCACUCUGAAUUGCCAGUUGAUCAGUUGUUGAGCGAAGAAUAUGGCAGGAAACGAGCGAGCCUUAUUGAAAAAGAAAAGUGUGUAAAAAUCCAUUCUCCUGGCACUUUCUAUUCUGGUUCGGACACAGUGUAUUUCACUGUGGCGGACAACGAAGGCAAUGCAUGUUCGUUUAUAAACAGCAAUUUCUGUGGCUUUGGGACGGGGCUUGUUCCUUGUGGCUGCGGAUUCACGUUACAAAAUCGUGGCCUAAACUUCUCGCUGGAACGAGGCCAUGCAAAUUGUGCCGGCCCAAAUAAACGACCAUAUCACACGAUCAUACCAGGUCUGGCAACGUACCAUGAAACUGGUGAAUUGUAUGCAAGUUUUGGCGUCAUGGGUGGUUUUAUGCAACCACAGGGUCAUGUUCAGAUAUUGCUAAACAUGAUCCACUAUGGUAUGGAUCCACAAGAAGCAUUGGACAAACCUCGUUUUCAAGUAAAUGUUUCAAACACUGACCACACUGUUGGCAACACCAUACUGCUUGAGCAGGGGAUAUCAAGGCAUGUUGCUGAGGAUUUGAGGAGGAUGGGGUACAAUGUUGAACAUGACACUACUUUUGCAAUGUUUGGCAGAGGACAAAUUAUUCAGGAGAGAAUGAGCAAAGGCAAGGAUGAGGGUAAGGUGCGUGUGUAUUGGGCUGGCUCUGACCCCCGGGCAGAUGGAAUGGCUAUGGGAUUUUAAGGUGCUUUAAAGUCCAAACACAAUUAAACCAGACACUUAACAGAGGAUUUAAUUAUUUUAAAUUAACAAUCAAUGCUAUAAA